AUGCAGUUGCAGCUAGUCGUCAACCAAGACCUGAUGCUAAUUCAUGCCUACACAGGCUGGCCAGGUGCUACCCAUAAUGCUCGUGUGUACAGUAAUUCAGCUUUUCCCUGUGAUGCCCAAAGAUUGUUCCUACCUAACCAUUACCUACUUGCCGACUCUGCUUUCCCGCUGUCAGAUAAUAUUGUUACAUCCUUCAGACAACGGCUCAAUAGUAACGUGCGAUUCAAUAAAGUUGUGUCAUCAGUAGGGCAGUCAGUUGAAAGGGAUAUAGGACACAUGAAGGGCCGAUUCCGAAGGCUACGGGAAAUAACACUAAGUGACCCAUCAGAUAUAUGUGCCAUGAUAAUGGCUGGUUGCAUCUUGCACAACCUCUGUAUUGUAAAUGAGCCAGAUGUCAUUAAUGACUACAUCGAACCAGAUGCUCAUCAACCUGUGAACAACUUAGUUUACGCAGGUGUUAAUCCCAAUGCUGGAGUUGCAAGAAGAAACUUGCUUCUCGAAUUAUUGCCCUAG